UAAGAGGGCGUAGCGUGAUCCUGACGGAGGCAGUAGCUAGCAAUGCUAAAAGAUAAUCGAUCUUAGUACAUUUUAACAAAACGAAAGCAUUCUGAUUGGGUUUACGCAGAAAACACGGAUAUAACAGCAGGAGCACGACAGUGAAAAAGGAAUUCUAAGCUUCACAGCUGCCUAUACAGGACUCCUUUUAUGGCCAAAGACUCGCCACCAGAUGUUCCCAUGGAUACGCCUGCGGACCCACCAAUGGAUGUGCCGAUGGAGACGGAGUCCACCAAGACCAAACCCAUAGAUCCAUCAACCAAGGCUGUAGCCAUGCCCAUAGAUCCACUACCAGUAUCCACUACCACGGCCGGACUUGCACCAACGAGCGCCCUGGCCACACCCACGAAUCCAUCAAUCGAUCCUCUGGCAAGGCCCAGAGAUCCACCAAUAGAACCCACUACCACAGCCCUUGAGCCACCAAUGAAUCCCAUGGCAACACCCAUAGAUCUACCAAUGGGACCAAGGGCUACCCCCCUGGAUCCCCCAAUGGAAACUCUGACGGAAACACUCAGUGACACGCCGAUGGUGUCUCUGCAGGCUCCUGAUGUGCUCCAACCCACUCAAGCUUCUACGCCCCCCCCCCGUUCAGCGCUCCCCCCAGCCCAGGAAGAGGUCCCAGCCGGGCUGGAGACCACGACAGAUGCCCCCCCUGACCUGGCGACCCCUCCCGAUGCCGCUCCCGUCUCGACGUCGACCCAGUCCACCGACUCAAACUCGGUCGGCGAACCGGGUCCCGUCCCCGAGCUGCCCCCGCUUCCGCCACAGCCGCCCGCCAGCGCUCAGAACCCCAGCUGUAAGAUCAUGACCUUUCGACCCACCAUGGAGGAGUUCAAGGACUUCAGGAAAUACGUUGCGUACAUGGAGACCCAGGGAGCCCAUCGCGCCGGCCUGGCUAAGGUGAUCCCACCUGAGGGCUGGAAGCCACGCAAGUGUUACGACACCAUCGAGGACAUGGUGAUCCCCGCCCCCAUCAUGCAGGUGGUGACGGGCCAGUCGGGCCUCUUCACCCAGUACAACAUCCAGAAGAAGUCCAUGACGGUCAGCGAGUACCGCAAGCUGGCCAACAGCAACAAGUACUGCACACCACGCCACAAGGACUUUGACGACCUGGAGAGGAAGUACUGGAAGAACUUGACCUUUGUGUCGCCCAUAUACGGCGCAGACGUCAGCGGUUCCAUCUAUGAUCCGGGUGUGGAGGAGUGGAACAUCGGGCAUCUCAACACCCUGCUUGACAUGGUGGAGCAGGAGUGUGGCAUCGUGAUCGAGGGGGUGAACACCCCCUACAUGUACUUUGGCAUGUGGAAGACCACCUUCGCCUGGCACACUGAGGACAUGGACCUCUACAGCAUCAACUACCUGCACUUCGGACAGUCCAAGUCCUGGUAUGCAAUCCCACCUGAGCAUGGCAAGAGAUUGGAGAGGCUGGCACAAGGCUUCUUCCCGGGCAGCUCCCAGGGCUGCGACGUCUUCCUGAGACACAAGAUGACCCUCAUCUCCCCGUCCAUCCUCAAGAAGUACAGCAUCCCCUUCGACAGGAUCACCCAGAAUGAGGGAGAGUUCAUGAUCACCUUCCCCUACGGCUACCACGCCGGAUUCAACCACGGCUUCAACUGCGCCGAGUCCACCAACUUCGCCACGCUACGCUGGGUCGACUACGGCAAGAUGGCCACCCAGUGCUCGUGCCGUAAGGACAUGGUGAAGAUCUCCAUGGACGUGUUCGUGCGCUGCCUGCAGCCCGAGCGCUACGAGCUGUGGAAGCAGGGCAAGGACACCACGGUACUGGACCACCUGAAGCCCACCGAGGUGGACAGCGCCCAGCUGGAGCAGUGGAGGCAGCGUCGCGUCGCCCACCGCGCCAACCUGCUGCGGAGGGCCCUGCUGAGGAAGAGCCAGUUCCGCCGGCUGAAGGUGGGCGAGGUGAAGGUGCUGACGGAGGAGGGCGUGGAGCUGGACACGGAGGAGUACCAGCGGCAGGUGGAGGAGCACGAGGCCCAGCGGCGGCAGCUCCGCGACGAGAGGCUGGCCCGGGAGGCCAUGAUGGCCCUGGUGGCCCUGGAGCAAGAGGAGCAGGAGGAGAAGGAGGAGGCCGCCAGGAGGGCCGCCGCCGCCCUGCUGGCCCCCCCGGGGGACGAGGACGAGGAAGAGCCCUCGGUCCCGACGCUUCACCCGACCGAAGAGACGGGCAAGAAGAAGCAGAGACGUCCGAAGAAGUCGUACUCCAAAGCCAUACCCAUCAACACCUUCGAGGAGGCCUUUGAGCAGUUCGCCAAGGCCGGCAUCAAGAUCCCCGCGGACGAUACGCUACACGCCUGUAAGACGGAGACUACUAUGGACCCCGCCCAGCCGUCCUACUCCAAGAUGAAGAGCAGACGUCACCCCCUCACCAAGCCCCCAAAGCGCUCGCCUCUCUCCAUCGUCAAACAAGAGCACUCCAGUGAUGAAGAGCUAUCCCCCACCAUGCCACUAGAGGGCGACAUGAAGAAGAACGAGCACCUGUGGCAGAACCAAUCUUCACCAAACUUCCUGGCCGAGAAGGCCUUCAACGCGGCCGUGGCCAACCUGGAUCCCUACUGCGCCGUCUGCUCACUCUUUUGCCCCUACACCAAGCCCGCCAAGGAGCUCUUCCACUCGGACCCCAGCGCCCCGGCCCUCCCCGGCCACGGCUGCCACACGCGGCCCCUAGUGCCGGAGAUGUGCUUCAGCGCCGUGGCGGCCAACACGGAGCCGCUCCCGGCCAGCUCCAACAUCGGGGAGGACGGCACCAGCAUGCUGCUGCGCUGCUCCUCCUGCUGCCUGCAGGUCCACACCAGUUGCUAUGGCGUCAAGCCCGACAUGCUCCAGAGCCCCUGGACCUGCUCCCGGUGUGCCUCCGAGGCCUGGGCAGUGGAGUGCUCUCUGUGCAACCUGAGGGGCGGAGCCUUGAAGAGAACGGUAGACAACAGGUGGGUCCACGUCAUCUGUGCCAUUGCCGUGGCCGAGGCGCGCUUCGUCAACGCCAUCGACAGGGAGCCCGUGGACGUCAGCGCCGUCCCGGACACGCGCAAGAGCCUGAAGUGCGUGUACUGCUACACCCAGAGCGACAAGCCCAACGCGGGCGCCUGCAUCCAGUGCACCCACGACAACUGCUCCACCUCCUUCCACGUCACGUGCGCACACAUCGCCGGCGUGGUCAUCAAGCCCGCCGAUUGGCCCUACCUCGUGUCCGUCACCUGCCACAAGCACAAGGUCCAGAGUCCUGUGGAGAAGACCGCCAUCCUCUUCAAGGGGCCGAAGGGGCCCGCCGUGGGCCAGCGGGUGAUUGGUCGCAGCAGCGACGGCUGGUACUACCACUGCACUGUGAUUGGUGCAGCCACGCAGACCUACUACGAGGUCAACUUUGACGACGGCUCCUACUGCGACAACCUUCAUCCGGAGAACGUGGUGAGCCACGACUGCCUGGCCGGCGGACCCCCGGAGACGGGGGAGCUGAUGGUGGUCCACACGGCCGAGGGCAACGUCCUCAACGCCUCCUUCGUCAAGUCACACGUCAAUAGACAGUACCAGGUGGAGUUCCAGGACCAGAGCCAGCUGCUGUUGAAGCACUCUGAGAUCUACUCUCUGCAACACGAGCUCCCCAAGAGGGUCCGAGCCCGCCUGGCCAUCCCGGCUCCCAGCGUCGACCCCGCCGCCGACGACGACGGCGCCCAGGCCGCCAAGCGCCGCUGCCUUCCCUCCAAGACCCCCACGCCGCCGGCCCCCCACCCCGUGACCCCCACGGCGCCUCUGGUCCAGCCCCCCCGCCUUCCCUCCCCCACCGCCACCCACGACCCACACAGUGUUACGCCCCUCCCCCUCGCGGGCCACGCCCCCAGCCUCUCCCCGGUCCUCGCGGACUCGGCCCACAUGGACCAGAGCGACGCCCUGGCCGUCGCGGCGGCGGCGGCCGGCAUCGAGGCGCCGUUCCCGCUGGUCUCGGACCCCACGCUCGCGUCGGUGUCGGCGUUGAACUCUGAGCCCCAGUCGCCCCCGCCCCGCCCGCCGCAGCACCUGGGCUCGGAGGACUACACGCUGAGCACCGGCUUCGUGUCCUACAUGGAGAACCUGCUGCAGGCCCACUUCCCCCCGGAAGAGGCCCCCGACAGCCUGUAUUAACCCCCCCCCCCCCCCCCUGUGACCCCUGACCCCUCCGGACCUCAGCCGCCCACAGCAGACAGGACGUCUCUGACCGAGGCUCAUGCUGAUGGUUUGUGGGUACAGGGUGGACAACACGGACCACAGAUACUUUACAACACAACACAAGCGCACACAAACGCACGCACAACCUGAGCCCGGAGAGCUGGCGCUCCGGCUCUUCCCGCCCGCGAGUUCGCGUUCGAGUUUGUGUUUUCUGCGGCGGUGUGCGCGCGCAACAUAUCCCGCAGCGGCAGCUAGCUAGCGACAGGACGGAGGAGUGCUGUCAUCCAAACUGUGUGUAGAUAAACGAGCCCUCUGGGUGUAUCCAACUUCAUACCUCUCCGCUUGUAUUUACCUUCAGAACGGCUCCGGGGGGGUUUUGUACCGGGGGGAGAGGUCUUCCUCUGCUCAAGGCCUCUCUGAAGCCGAGGGUUCGGGGAAACGGGUUUGAGGGCUUUUGUUACACUCUGAAAACCAGCAACAAAAAAAGGUCUAUUUUUCGAAACCCGGUUCACAUGUUCGUAGCCGUUUUUGGCGUAUAAAAUAAAUAAAAUCAAAGACGUCAAUAAAAAAUAUGAUCAGACUGUGAUGACGCACGCAGCAGGAGUGAAAGAGGUAGACGCGGGUGUAUUAACGUGAGAAUCAGUAUUUAAAAUGUGGUCAUUGCAUAGUGAAAUAAACUAUUUGUGUUGUAUACUAAGAGGCUUGCAGUCAGGAUUUGUCAUUUUUCGUCAGCGAAAUAGAUUUUUGUUUGUGAAGCAUGUGACCUUUAUUUAUUGAAGGCGACUUUGUCAUAGCACAGCCUGACUCAUCAUGGACUUCCUCCGUUGACCAUAGAUAAUUUAUUUACUCUCUUGAAUAACAUUGCAUCAGAAAUGUUUGCUUCGAUCCGCUGAAAGCUGAUAAUGAUGUCCUCCUGGGAACAUUUUCGGAUUGUUGUCAGAAUUUUCCUAAAGUGUUUAAGGAUUAAUGUGCUCAUCAAUCUUCAUGUAAAUGAUCUAUAUAAUAACAUGCAUUUGGGCAGAAAUAGAGGAUGUAUUUUUUCUUUUCUUUUUAUAUACAUCUUGAAUAAGAAUCAAUGUAGACUAUUAAUAAUUAUCAUUUUUUUCUAUACUGAAAUGUUUCUAUGUUGAUUUUCUAGUUGAGGUUUCUUUAAAGGGAGUGGGCAAUAAACAAAGCAAAGUUCUUCACAUUAUAAGUUUAUAGGAGCUGGACCACACCACACCAAGACGCUAAACUACUGAAAGAGUGCAGGUUUCAACAGUGUCACCACACAGCUAAUGUACAUAACACAGUACAUAUGUCUGGCUCACUUUGUAAAUGUUUUGCACAUAUUUGUCUUAUUUUGUAUAUUGUUUUUAUCUUUUUCUUCGUUUGACAUCAAUUGCUCGAACAAAUUGAUGUUUUAUGUAUCCAAACCUAAUGCAACGCAGUGGGUCGUAUCAUAGGGAUUAAAGACUGGGUUGCUAUGGUCAA